CCACAGGCUCGCCCUCCCUUCCUCCCUCCCUUUCUGUCUCUCUCCCAGUCCAAAGCCAGAGGCAGCUGAGCCUUCCCAGCGAGGCGGAGGCUGGAGGAGGAGCAGCUGCAAGAGCAGGAGCAGCAGCAAAGAGCAGCAGCAGCAGCAGCAGCCCCCGCCCUCUUCGUCCUGCCUGAUGCCCAGCGAUCUCGGAUAAAGCCCGCUAGCUUGGCUGGGUGUACGUCUCCCCCCGGCCCUCCCCUCAGAGGAUGGGUUGCGAGAAGCGGCUGAGCUGCCCCCAAUCCUCCUGAAGCUGCAAAGAAAAAAAAACCCCACCAAGAUCCAGGGGAGCAUCCAGGGCUGGGGUGGAUGCAAAGAGCCAUGAACCAGUGGAUCUCCUCUGGCUGCAGCUGAGCGAGCUGCCCCGUGCAGGGGGUGGGAGAGGGAGUGAGGGACCGAGGGGUGGGAGGAAAGGUGAGCGGGGGAAAGGAAGAGGGAGGGCAGGAAAACACCCAGUCGAAAGAUGUCUUCGUCUUCGGCCGUGGGGCCCCGAGGCCCUCGCCCGCCCACGGGGCCUCCCCCGAUGCAAGAGCUUCCCGACCUGAGCCACCUGACCGAAGAGGAGCGGAACAUUAUCAUGGCAGUGAUGGACCGGCAGAAGGAGGAGGAGGAGAAAGAAGAGGCCAUGCUCAAGAGAUUGCAUCAACAGUUUGAAAGCUACAAAGAACAAGUGAGAAAAAUUGGAGAAGAAGCCCGGCGCUACCAAGGAGAGCAUAAAGAUGAUGCCCCCACAUGUGGAAUCUGUCUGAAAACAAAGUUUGCCGAUGGAUGUGGCCACUUAUGCUCUUAUUGCCGGACCAAGUUCUGUGCACGUUGUGGAGGUCGCGUUUCUCUACGGUCAAACAAUGAGGACAAAGUGGUUAUGUGGGUUUGCAAUUUGUGUCGGAAGCAACAGGAAAUUUUAACCAAAUCUGGAGCCUGGUUUUUCGGUAGUGGGCCUCAACAGCCACCUAGCCAGGAUGGAACAUUGAGUGAUACAACUACUGGUGUGGAUGCACCUCGAGAAAAGAAAGCAAGACUUCAAGAGCGAUCAAGAUCCCAAACUCCUUUAAGCACAGCAGCUGUCUCAGCACAGGAAAAAAUUCCAUCUGGAGCACAACCUGACAGAAGCAAAAGAGCAGAACCAUCCCAGCAAAUUAUGGGUCCUGAGCAGAAACAGGCCUCUUCGAGGUCUCGAAGUGAACCCCCACGAGAGAGUAGGAAGAAGACUGCAGUGGGUUCUGAGCAGAAUGGCAAAGGAGCCCUGAAAAGUGAGCGGAAGCGGGUGCCAAAAUCCUCUCUUCAGCAAGGGGAGGCACCAUUGGAUGAGAGGGAACGUAAAGAAAGGCGGGAAACGAGAAGACUAGAAAAAGGGAGAUCCCAAGACGUGCCAGAAAAACGCGAUAAAGGCAAGGGUGGAGAUGAUGAGAAACAAAGAAAAGAAGAGGAAUACCAAACGAGGUACCGCAGUGACCCCAAUUUAGCGAGAUAUCCUGUCAAACCGCAUCCCGAGGAACAACAGAUGCGCAUGCAUGCCACGGUUUCCAAAGCAAGGCACGAAAGGAGGCACAGUGAUGUCUCCCUACCACACACGGAGAUGGAAGCAGCAGAAGCCCCGGAGAAUAAAUUAGGGAAACAUUCCCAGGUACCAGGACCUCAGGAUCGAAAGUCUCUGGAAACACAGAGGUCAUAUUCCACUGAAAGAACUGGGGAUGUUAGAAUUUCUGUUUCCAAACAAUUAACUAAUCAUAGCCCACCAGCUCCUAGGCACGGUCCCGCUCCUUCAGAACACCUAGAGUCUAAGAGUCAGGAGUCUUUGAAAAAACAGAGUCGCCUAGAUCCUAGCUCUGCUAUUCUUGUCAGGAAAGCAAAACGGGAGAAAAUGGAAACAAUGCUGAGGAAUGACUCCCUUAGUUCUGACCAGUCUGAAUCAGUUCGGCCAUCUCCACCCAAGCCCCAUAGAUCUAAGAGAGGUGGUAAAAAAAGGCAGAUGUCAGUUAGCAGCUCAGAGGAAGAAGGAGCAUCAACACCUGAGUACACUAGCUGUGAAGAUGUGGAAAUAGAAAGCGAAAGUGUCAGUGAAAAAGGUGACUUGGAUUAUUACUGGCUGGAUCCUGCAACGUGGCACAGUCGAGAGACAUCCCCAAUUAGUUCGCAUCCUGUAACGUGGCAACCAUCCAAAGAGGGAGAUCGCUUAAUAGGGCGUGUCAUUCUUAACAAGAGAACAACUAUGCCUAAAGAAGCAGGCGCAUUACUGGGACUUAAAGUCGUUGGGGGAAAAAUGACAGAUUUAGGACGUCUCGGUGCCUUCAUCACCAAAGUGAAGAAGGGUAGCUUAGCUGAUGUAGUGGGACAUUUACGAGCAGGAGAUGAAGUACUAGAGUGGAAUGGAAAACCCUUACCUGGAGCUACAAAUGAAGAAGUUUACAACAUUAUUUUAGAAUCAAAAUCAGAACCUCAAGUUGAAAUUAUUGUUUCAAGGCCUAUUGGUGACAUUCCAAGGAUUCCUGAGAGUUCCCAUCCUCCACUAGAAUCUAGCUCAAGUUCUUUUGAAUCUCAAAAGAUGGAAAGGCCAUCCAUUUCCGUCAUUUCCCCAACUAGUCCCGGAGCACUGAAAGACGCCCCUCAGGUCCUGCCAGGGCAGCUCUCUGUGAAGCUAUGGUAUGACAAAGUGGGGCAUCAGCUUAUAGUAAAUGUUCUGCAGGCAACAGAUCUGCCCCCUCGAGUAGAUGGGCGUCAUAGGAAUCCUUAUGUGAAGAUGUACUUUCUUCCAGAUAGAAGUGAUAAAAGUAAAAGGAGGACUAAAACGGUAAAGAAGAUCUUAGAACCAAAAUGGAACCAAACUUUCCUCUACUCACAUGUACAUCGUAGAGAUUUUAGAGAACGGAUGUUAGAAAUAACUGUGUGGGAUCAACCAAGAGUACAAGAAGAAGAAAGUGAAUUUCUAGGAGAGAUCCUCAUAGAGUUGGAGACAGCACUAUUAGAUGAUGAGCCACACUGGUAUAAACUGCAGACGCAUGAUGAAUCCUCACUACCUCUGCCUCAGCCAUCACCCUUCAUGCCAAGGAGACAUGUUCACCCAGAGAGCUCUAGCAAAAAACUUCAACGAUCUCAGCGAAUCAGUGAUAGUGACAUCUCAGAUUAUGAGAUUGAUGAUGGUAUUGGAGUAGUUCCUCCAGUCGGUUUUAGGUCUAAUACUAGAGAAAGCAAAUCCGCAACAUUAACUGUGCCAGAACAGCAAAGAGCCACUCAUCACCGCUCACGAUCUGUAUCUCCUCACCGUGGUGACGAUCAGGGCAGGCCCCGUUCCCGUUUACCAAAUGUGCCAUUACAGAGGAGUUUAGAUGAAAUUCAUCAAAUGAGAAGAUCACGUUCUCCAACAAGACACCAUGAUGCCUCUCGAAGUCCAGUAGACGACAGGUCCAGAGACAUGGAUGAUCAGUAUUUGUCAGAACAAGAAAGUGAGCUUCUUAUGCUGCCCAGAGCAAAACGAGGACGAAGUGCAGAGUGCCUACAUACCACCAGUGAACUGCAGCCCUCCCUUGACAGGGCUAGGAGUGCUAGUACCAACUGCUUGAGACCAGAUACUAGUUUGCAUUCACCAGAACGAGAAAGGGGUACAUGGUCCCCCUCCCUAGAUAGGAGACGACCUACUAGUCCCAGGAUUCAAAUCCAGCAUGCGUCUCCGGAGGAUGACAGGCAGUCCCGAAAAUCAGAAAGAUCUAGCAACCAAAAACAGACUAGGAAAGGCACUGCUUCUGAUACAGAAAGGGUUCUCCCACCAUGUGUUUCUAGAAGGGGACACCCAGCCCCAAGAACAACUGAUCAGCCACUCAUUAGGGGAAAACAUCACACUCGCUCAAGGUCUAGUGAGCAUUCUAGUGUCAGACCAUUAUGCUCUAUGCAUCAUCUUGUUCCCGGAGGGUCGGCGCCACCUUCUCCACUUCUGACAAGGAUACACCAACAGGGAAGUCAAGGGCAGUCCCCCCCUGCAGACACUUCCUUCAGCAACCGGAGGGGAAGACAACUUCCACAGCUUCCAGUGAGAAGUGGCAGUUUAGAACAAGAACGAGAGAAUUGUAGCUCUUCCUCAAAAGCAAGCUUAGUAGUGGAGGAGCGAACGAGACAGAUGAAAAUGAAAGUACACCGAUAUAAGCAGACAACAGGGUCUGGUUCUAGCCAAGAACUUGAUCGAGAGCAAUAUUCUAAGUAUAACCUACAUAAAGAGCAGUACAGAAGCUGUGAUAACGUCUCUGCCAAAUCAUCAGAUAGUGAUGUCAGCGAUGUGUCCGCCAUUUCACGCACCAGCAGUGCCUCCCGCCUCAGCAGCACAAGCUUUAUGUCAGAGCAAUCUGAGCGUCCCAGGGGCAGAGUCAGUUCAUUUACUCCAAAAAUGCAAGGCAGACGAAUGGGGACUUCAGGAAGAACAAUCACAAAGAGCACAAGUGUGAGUGGAGAGAUGUAUAAAUUGGAGCAUAAUGAUGGCAGUCAGUCAGACACUGCUGUUGGUACUGUUGGAACAGGCGGAAAGAAAAGAAGAUCUAGUCUCAGUGCCAAAGUAGUUGCCAUUGUGUCCCGAAGGAGCAGAAGCACAUCACAACUCAGUCAAACAGAAUCUGGCCACAAGAAAUUGAAAAGUACCAUACAAAGAAGCACAGAAACAGGAAUGGCAGCAGAAAUGAGGAGUCGGAUGGUACGGCAGCCAAGUCGAGAGUCCACUGAUGGCAGCAUAAACAGUUACAGCUCUGAGGGAAAUUUAAUAUUUCCUGGGGUUCGGUUGGGAGCUGACAGCCAAUUCAGUGACUUCCUCGAUGGACUUGGACCAGCCCAGCUUGUAGGCCGACAAACACUAGCCACCCCGGCUAUGGGUGAUAUUCAGAUUGGAAUGGAGGACAAGAAAGGCCAGUUAGAAGUGGAAGUCAUCAGGGCACGGAGCCUCACACAAAAACCUGGCUCCAAAUCUACCCCUGCCCCAUAUGUCAAAGUGUAUCUCCUGGAAAACGGAGCCUGCAUCGCCAAGAAGAAGACUAGGAUUGCAAGAAAAACCCUUGAUCCUCUGUAUCAACAGUCGCUGGUUUUUGAUGAAAGUCCACAGGGUAAAGUUCUUCAGGUGAUAGUCUGGGGGGACUACGGAAGAAUGGAUCACAAAUGCUUCAUGGGUGUGGCCCAGAUCCUUUUGGAGGAACUCGAUCUGUCCAGUAUGGUAAUAGGCUGGUACAAAUUAUUUCCACCCUCGUCAUUGGUGGAUCCCACCCUGACUCCCUUGACUCGCAGGGCUUCCCAAUCAUCUCUGGAAAGUUCAACUGGGCCUCCUUGCAUUAGAUCAUAGUGAACUUGUAGCCGAUCCUUUGUCUAACUAAAAUGUUACCACCCAGGAUAACAAAUCUGAACCAGAUAUUCACAUGAUCAAAAACAUUGUUGGAGACAGACAAUCACUUCUGUUUUGCCUGUAGUAGUUAUCCAAAAGUAUGUCUGAAUGUUUGUUGAAACCAGGCUCCGAAUGACAGAACAAGGCAGUCAAUCCACUCACAGUCAGCGUCAAUAUGCUAGUGAGAGUCGCUCUGCUCCUAAUAGCCAAAAGAGGGAACUUUUGAAUUAGCAAAUAGAACAAAUGAACCAACUGGAAGCUCUCACUCUGUUCAAAUUAUUGUUUUUCCCACCUCCUUAAACAGACCACAAGCAGUGUUAUCUCCCCAGUAUUUGAGCAGUUUUUUUUUUCUGUACCUGCUAUUUCCACUAAUUUAUUGCGGUGUAAUUCUACCAGUUUUGUAAGAUCUUGCAAUGCUAGCAGAGACCCUUCCUUUCUUUUUCUAAAACUACAGUAUAAAAAAAGGGCUGAAGUACACCUCUGCAAGCAUUCUUUAAAAUGUGCAUCAGCCAGUCAAUUUAUGCCCAUGAGAUUUCCCAGUUUCACAGUUCAGGUUCUCCAAAGUCUUAUUCAACUGUUAUGUGAAAAUCCAGAACAAAUCAUCAAGAACGUUUUCUUCAAAAUAACAUUGUCACGGCACCACUUUUUCUUUGUACAAAGCAGAUCUGUUUGCAUUAUGAGUAAUGUUGGGUUUUUUUAUGUUUCCUGAUGUUAUGCAUGGAAGAGUUUUGAAAAAAAUCUACUGCACCUAAAACAGGGGACUGAUUGAUAUAAGCAACUUCAGUCUUCAUUUUGACAUUGAAAAUAUUACUUGUAAUGCAGUUUUCUUCCUAACAUCAAAGAAAGAGGAAUUGCUUUCAUGUGUAUAAAAUGUAUAUUUGACUUCCCAAAAUGUUAACCGGUAAUGGCGUUGAGCAUAUGACACUUUCAGCUGUAUUCAGGCUUCCUUGAUGUGUGUCACUUCAGGUGCACCUCUCUCCCCUGGAUAGAGCAUGGUAUGAGCUGUUUAAUAUUUCACUGGAAAUUCCCGUUGAAAUAUUCUGCACUUAAAUGAUGUUUUUAUCAAAUUUUAGUUUACAUUUCUUUGAGAUGGAUGCAAGCACAAAGCUUGAUUUUUUACUGCAAAAUAUCUUACUUUUUUGAAGGAAAAAAGUCAAAUUUCAAUUUGCCUUUUAUUCAUUUGGGUUCUUCUUGGCUUUGAAUUCCCUUGUGAUUUUCUGUAGAUGUGCUGAAAAACUGCAGACUGUGCAGAUGCAUUGAGAUGUUUUCCCUCCUUUCUGGGCCAUUCAAUUUUGUGAUCACACCAAUAGAGCAGCAUGACUUGGAACUCUUCAAAGCUGCAUGCACGUUUUGUAAAAAAAAAAAUUAAAAAAAAGAUUAUUUAAUUAUGUAUGUUAGUUCCACAUAGGCCAGCUUGUUCGUUGCAUGUAUUUGUACAGUUUGCUCGUAAUUAUGAUACCGAAAUAUCCAAGAAAUCUAAGCCAUCCAUUUUUCUUAUAGACAUUUGCAAGUUUUAACCAGACUCGGUCUGUCGGUCUGAUGCUGGAUGUCUAUAGAUGGACUUUAUUUUUUACCCUAUGGAAAACGUGAUGUAGUAUGGACCAAAUUCCUUCUAAUAAAUAUUUUGGUGUAGAUUCCUACUGUGGGGCCGUAACACAUGUAGAAACUGUGUACAUGCUAGGUUUUAAUUCAUAGACAUACUGCCUGCACCGAGUGAAUUAUUUAUUAUCAUUUAACAUGCCAGAGUUACGUGGCCAUCAUUCCAUAGGGCACAGAUUGACUACUGCUCGACCUGCUGAGCAGGAAGAACUGAAGUAUUGGGACACUACUACUAGAUCCUGUUCUGUCUUAGUGGCCAACAAUCAACUAAUUAUAAUUCGGUAGUAUCUUUCUAUUUGACCACUUGUCUUAACACACAAAUGCACAUACACACACACACGCACACGCGCACACACACAAACACACACACACACACACACACCCUUCCCCUGACACCCCUGUGCUUUUAAAUGAAAUCCCAACUCAUGUUAUGUAAACAUGUUUAAUAAAAUUUACUUUUCAUGUCAGUCCGUAGCCAUCUGUGUUGUAUGUUUUGUCAGAUUUGCCAAAACUGAAGCUGGACUAUGAGAGUGAGAGGAACUGGAUUUGUUUUCUGUUUGCUGGUAUCUUACUUGACUUGUCAGUACACUAAUUAUGUCUUCAAGAUUUGUCUCAAGGGUGCAUUGCAUUACUUAAAGGUUUCAUUGUCUCCAUUAUCUAAGUGAGCACAUCACUACCCUUCUGAAAACGUGGCAUUAUUAAAAACAAUAAAUCUUAGAAAGAAUCGAA